AUGUGCCACUUUCAGGUCUCCUCACACUGCUGGUGGGUUUCCAUUUUGUCAUAGGGUGCUGGCAGAUUACGGGCCUCCCAUUGCUGCUGCCAGGCCCGUAAUCUGCCAUGGGCCCCUGUACCGCCUCCUCAUGCUGCUGCCAGGCCCGUAAUCUGCCAUGGGCCCCCGUACCGACUCCUCAUGCUGCUGCCAGGCCCAUAAUCUGUCAUGGGCCCCUGUACCGCCUCCUCAUGCUGCUGCCAGGUCCAGAGUGUGUCAUGGGUCCCUGUACGGCCUCCCAUUGCUGCUGUCUCCAUCGCCACACUCUGCCAUGUGCCACUUUCAGGUCUCCUCACACUGCUGGUGGGUUCCAUUUUGUCAUAGGGUGCUGUAUGGCCUCCCAUUGCUGCUGCCUCCACCGCCACACUGUGGCUCCACACACUCUGGUUUUGGCCCCGUGACUGCCCAAAUGAGUGAAGUGUGCGGUGAUUCUAAGAUCGACGGCACUCAUCUGCAUGUCAUACUGACUGACAGUAUUAUUUCUCUUCCCCAGCAGACUCCAAGGGCAUUUAAAUUAAAGGUACAGUGUUCUGCACUAAUAUAA